UUGUUCUCGAAACCGGUUAAAGGUUUCUAUUGUGAUGAUAUUUAUAUCCAGAAACCGUUUCGUGGUGAUACCAUAUCAUUUCGAACUCUCAUCAUUGUGUCCUUAACUUCAACUGUCAUACUGAUUUUCAUCAAAGAGCUGUUAUCGUCGAGUAAACAUGGAGGAAAAAGCUUCAUUUGGAGAUUCAAGAAUUAUUAUAAGACUUAUUCUUUGGGUCUAACGUACGUUGGUGCAAUCACUAAUAUUUUAAAGUUCUUCGUCAGAGAACUGAGGCCACAUUUUAUAGAUUCUUGCCGUCCUGAUUGGUCGAACAUUAAUUGUUCGCAAGGGUUGGUGACUAAAUACAAUUGUACCGGUAAUGGUCCCAAAUGGCUCGUUGACAAGGAUAUUUAUCAAUCAUUCCCUUCGGGACACGCUUCUGUAUCUUUCUACACAUUUGUCUUUGUUUUUUUAUAUACUAGAAGUAAAUUUCGUGAAGAAUCGAGUCAAAUGUCAUAUUUAUCGAACGUUGUCCAGUUUUUCUUCUUCUCUUGGGCAAUAACUUGCUGUGUGACUAGAGUGACUGAUUUUCGGCACCAUUGGUGGGAUGUGGUUUUAGGAGCUUUACUCGGGGUGAUAGGUGCAAUUUUAACUGUUAAAUACGGGUCUAUCAAUUAUCUGGCAACAACGGAUAAAGAUCACCAACGCUAGUGUUGCCAUCUAAAGGGGUGGAGCGUGCCACUUUAUUCAGAA